AUGUCACCCUCACUUCCACCUUCAUCUCCGACUCGACCCAGCAGUCCCGGCAACUGCCUCCCUCCAUCAAGCAGUCCCCCAUCCUCUCCUCUAUCGGGAUCUUCUUCAGCUCCUGGGUCGCCUCUUUUUGAUUCUUUCCAUCUCUCAGAGAGUUCUCCUGAUACCAGACAUUCUGACCUAUGUGCUUCCCUCAAAGGUAUCUCCUCAGCGGAGAAGACACCUCCGCCCAUGACUCCGGCUUCUGCUACUGAGGGAUCAAACAGCUUAUUUUAUAAUCCACCCGCAUCUCCAGAUCUUUCUCGCAGUGCUCGACAUCAGUUUAUACGUGACAGAAUGAGCAGGAAGUUUGUACCAUACCCCCUGGACCCAGCUCCACUCAAGGUUCGUUUUGCAGCACGUCUUAUGGGGCGGGAACGCAGACCUUAUGUAUCCAGCGAAUCUCUUCUCAAGCAUGCUGGAUACUUAGAGAAUGGCCUUGCGCAAAUGCAUCCUUCAACUCUGUACAAAGGAUACCAGGCACAGCUUGCAGCUCGUGAGACUGCGCGUCAGCACAUGCUGGCGACUGCGUGGGAAAUCGAGGAAACUGAACGCUUCAUCAUAUUCCUCAAUGCCAUACAUGCUGACAAUGAAGACCGGCUCAAACUCACAGACGACCAGUUACACGCCUUUAGGAACCUCUUUUCUGAGCGUGACUGCGUAGAUGCCGAUGAUGACCGAGACUAUCUUCAAGCGGUCUAUGAAGAUGAAUGCAAAAUUCUUAAGAUUGUCGCAUCCCAAGCUGAGUAUGUGGCAAAGGUCUUAGGCUCACGUGUCGGCAAGGCUUUCCAACAUGGGGUUGGAGCAUCCAGAUCGUCUUCGUUGCAACCUGGGUUUGUUGGUGAUGACAGUGUCGAUAAGGCAUCUGUAGAAUCUGGGGCCGAUGGUUCCGGAUCCCCCACUGCCAGCGGGGUUCCUGAUGACGACGACAACCCUAUAUAUCUGGGAACCCCUGAUAACCUUGGAAUUCAUCCCAAAGCGUCUUGCGUGGCCACCGCAAUGUGA